ACAGAAAUCCACCACCCGAGUUGGAGGCAUCCUUGAGUGGAAAAUAUGACAUCAAGGUAUAUAAAUGCAGAGAUAUCAUAGUAUGUAUCGAAGGGGAGCAAAAAAUCUUAAUGAAGUUGCCCAUAACACAGAAUAUUAUUACUUGGAAUAGCUCGGAGCGACUUCCAGUUUUAGCCAAGACAUGGAGACCCACAGUGUUUAUACUAAACCAAGGAAAUGUAUUCAUUAGAAUUAUCCCGGAAAAAUGUCUAGUUAUAAGCAAAGUGAACGACACGGAUUCGUUUAAAGUCAGUUGUAUUAACUAUUCGGACGGGUUCUGUUGCUGCCAUCCUAUUAACAACUUAGCUUUGUUGUAUGGUGCCUAUGAGCAACACCAAGAUUCCAGCAUCAUGAAAUUGCCGAAACUGCCCAUAAGUAGUGGGAAGUAUAACUUCUUUAUACAUUUUUUCUCAUGGGGAACUAUGAUAGUGCCGAAAAAUAUUAACGUGUUCAGAGGUUAUUUAUGUGGUUUUAAGAAAAACACAGCUGCCUUAAUUAUCGUACCGCCAAAGAUACACAUAUAUGUGGAGUUUCGCAGCUCUUCCCCUAUAGCAACCUCCAUGGAUUAUAAGAAAGAUUUUCUCAUAACAGCAAGGAAGCCUAACCUUACAGACUUGGAAAUUUAUUUAAUUGUUCAAGAUCAGUUAAUUAAAUAUGACUAUUCUUAUGACCUUCGCUUGAAUAAGGACAAGGCGCCUAUUUCUCACUUGCACAUUCCUAUCAAGUUUAAGAUAACGAAGGAAGAAAAGGAGAAGAAGAAAGAGAAUCCCUACUACAAAUGCAAAUGGACCUUCAUCGACACCAUUGAUCAGACUUUCAUAACGGAUUCGUGUAAUUCAUCCUCCGAGCAUCUGAUGUCACCAGAUUUGGCUUGCGUGUUUGACGCGGAGACAGGCACGUACUUCUCUACAGAAUAUGGAAUAAACCACUGCAAAACGUUUAAGAAGUUGCGAGUCUCCAAAU